AUGGCCGUCAAUCAGAACUACGGUCCUGGGGCCAAGAAAUAUCUCAAAACAAGAGCGGUCACUGCUCUGCCUCUCUUGAUGUUGGGAUUAUUGGCGGAUAAGGUAUUCUCAAACAUCCUCUCACAAGCUCCUUUGCAGGGCAAUAUCACUCAACCUUUGAAAUCUGGUCAGAUCGAGUUUGGUGCUCAAGCCUGGAGUCUUCCAACAAAUAGCAAACCCUUCAACUUCCUUGUCACAUUGUUCUCACUCUUAGUCCUCAACAUCAACCCUUUGCAAAGAAUUCAAACGACAUCUUUUCUAAUCGAUCUGGCACCACUGUAG